AUGCGAGGAGUCACCACCGCUAUGAAGCACUCGGAAGACCACAACCUGAUCAAGGACUGCGCACAACUUCUAGAAGAGGAGAAGCAGUUCAACCACGCUGCAGCGCUUUACGACCACUAUGCGAGGGCUAAGGAGGCAGAAGGGAGGUACCACGAUGCUUUGAAGUCGUAUUUGAAAGCCCAAGACUACGAAGCGGCGAUUCGAUUGAACUUGGACAAAUUGGACGAUAUCGAUGAAGCUGUCAAUCUUGUCCAAGAGACGAAAUCCGUUCAAGGGGCCAAAAUGGUGGCCAACUAUUUCCAGAAUAGUGAUGAUCCGACGUCAGCUAUAAAGUUCCUAGUGAUGUCCCUAUGUUACGACGAUGCGUUUAAUUUAGCCAGAAAGAACGGGAAACUGCAUUUGUACGGGGAGAUAUUGAUACAGACUUCGCAAGCGAGGCCGGAGGAUUUCAAGAGUCUUGCGUUACAUUUCGAAGGGGAGAAGAACCAUUUACUGGCCGGCAAGUUUUAUUUUCAUGCUGGGGAGCACAGUAAGGCGAUGUCGCACUUACUAAAGGCUGGCGGUUCGGAGGAGGACGAGAAUGAAGCGAUCACGGUUGCGAUAGAUGCGGCCGCCGCUAGUGAUGACGAGAGACUUACUAGGAGGUUGAUAGAGUUUCUUCUGGGCGAGACGGAUGGUACACCGCGAGAACCGCGUCAUCUGUUCAGACUAUAUAUGGCUAAGAAGCAGUUCACCGAGGCCGCCAAGACUGCGGUGAUCAUAGCGGGCGCGGAGUGUCGCGCGGGCGGUACCGCGGGUGCGACGUGGCGCGCGGCAUACCAAGUGUCGAUCUUGACGUCGACAGUGAUCGAAUGCAGCCGCGCCGGACUCAAGCACCAGGCGCAUCACUGGGCCAAGGUGCUCAUGCAGCCGGAGUACAGAUCACAGGUGUAUUCAUUUUGUAUUAAAUAG